CCUCUCCCCUCCCCCGUCCCUCGUCUUCCUCCUCGCGCGACCGCCGCCACUCAAAUCCUUCCUCAGCCGCCACCCCUCCCCCCCUCCUUCUUCUUCCUCACCCACCUCGCGCCGCCAACCGCCGGUCCGAUUCUCUCGCGCCCUCACGACCGUUUCUCCUCCUCCACCACCACACCACGAACCGACUCCUCUGUUCAUCUCCCCGUUUCAUCUCCCCCCAAUUCGUAACCGAGGCGAAAAAUCAAGCCGCCGCCGCCGCCGCCGCCUUCCGGGAUGCCGUACGGAUCUGCGAACGCCGGUGCCGUGCUGCCGGGCGCGGAGCUUCACGCGGACAUGCAGAAUCUGACCCUGGAGGGGAACAAGGAAGGCUCCGAUGCGGUGGCCAACAAGGCUUCCGGGUUGCCAUACGGGUCUGCCAGCAACGGCAACUCGUCACAGAGCGUGGAGCCUCACGUGGACAGGUCCAUAACGCCCUUGCUACAGGAGGCCAUGGAUCCUAACUUUUUCUAUCAGCCCAAUGGAUACCCCUCACCGGCCUAUUACUACCCUAGCGGUUAUGAUGGCUCAACCAACGAGUGGGACUCUAGUUAUGCUGGCCAUGAAGGGAUGGAGGUUCCCCAGAAUGUGUAUGGCGACAUGUACCAUGGAUAUGGUUAUGCUCCCUAUGGUCCAUAUCCUUCAGGUUCUCCUGUUCCAACCGUUGGGCACGACGGACAGUCAUAUGGCACACAACAUUAUCAGUACCCUACUCAAUAUUAUCAACAGCCAGCUCAAACCAAUGCGGUGCAUGGUGUUAAUGGUGCAAAUUCGCCGUCUGAGUUGCGUCCAGUUACCACUCACCAGGCACGAGCUCCGGUAGCUUCAGCAAAAGCAAAUAAUGGGACUGCUAGCGGGAUUGCAAAUGCUAAUACCAGUUCACUAUCACGCAAGCAAACUCACCAAAAUGUAUCAGUGACUAACAAUGUUCCAUAUGGAAGAGGCCCUUCGCAAGGUGGACCUUCUGCUAGCAACUUUGGUCACAACGGUCUCCGUUCUCCAGUUCAGUGGUAUGAUGCACCAGUCUACUCUAAUGGGCAUCAGAGAUCCACUGCCAGUUCCACAUCUUAUGGUUCUAAUUCGUCUUCAGCGAAAAAUCAGAGCCACCGUCCAACAACAAACCUCAUGGGUAUGCGUACGCAGAUGCCUUCAUCUGGGGUGGGUCUGACCUCUCCUAGUUAUCCUAGUAGGGCAUACCCUGAUAGCAGAUUGUACGGGCAAUAUGGCCAUUAUGGGAACACACUGAAAGCUGGACUUGGUUUUGGAUCUAAUGUGUAUAACUCGAGAAAUAAUGGACAGUGGGGAGUUGUGGACACCGCCAAAUACAAGCCUAGAAGCCGGGCACCUUUUGGGUUCGGCAGUGAGAAUCAAGAUGGCUUCACUGAGCUUAACAGAGGACCAAGGUCUGGUGGGUUCAGGCACCAAAAGCCAUUUGGGCCUACUGUCACUAUUGCUGUGAAGGGCCAGGCCCUCCCUUCUGUUGGGAAACAAGAGAAUUGUGUUCUUCCAGAUAAGAGCCAAUUUAACCAGGAAAGUUUUCCUGCAACAUAUAGGGAUGCCAAGUUUUUCGUUAUCAAAUCUUACAGUGAGGAUGAUGUGCACAAGAGUAUCAAAUAUAAUGUAUGGGCAAGCACUCCUAAUGGAAAUAAGAAGCUGGAUUCUGGAUACCGAGAAGCUCAGGAGAAAUCCAGUGAAUGUCCUGUGUUCUUGUUUUUCUCUGUAAACACAAGUGGUCAAUUUGUCGGUGUUGCCGAAAUGGUUGGUCCUGUUGACUUUGACAAGACAGUAGAUUAUUGGCAACAAGACAAGUGGAAUGGCUGCUUCUCAAUCAAGUGGCACAUUGUCAAGGAUAUUCCCAACAACAUUUUGAAGCAUAUUACGCUGGACAACAAUGACAAUAAGCCUGUGACCAACAGCCGUGACACACAAGAGGUUAAGCUUGAGCAAGGUCUUCAAAUGCUCAAAAUUUUCAAGGACCAUAGUAGCAAGACCUCAAUUUUGGAUGAUUUUGCAUUUUACGAGAACCGACAGAAGUUGAUGCAGGAAAAAAGAGCAAAGCAACAACUGCUUCAAGGCCAGGGCUGCGACGAGAAGGAGAAGAAUGCACUUAAUGGGAGCUCUGCAGUACAAAAACAGACAUUGAACGAGGGGGUGGUGCUGACCGCUCCCAAACCUGCAGUUGAAAGCGGUGCUGCGAAUGGCAAUUAGACCAAUAUAUUUCUUACGCUUAUUGCUGUAACAUGCAGUCUAUACUCUGCCGUUUUGCAGUAUCUGCAAAACGAAUGCGGGGAAACUAAAUUUGCGAGGGACUUCUAUUUCUAGGUCGUGUGACUGGUUUUUGGUGUCAUUGCUGUCAGGUUUAGGUUUCUUAUAUGCUUUAUGGCCUCGGGUGUUUGCAUAACCCUUUCAAUAUUUUUCCUUAGUAUAUUUUCAGCUAUUGUUAUUGUUAAGCUAAGCAGCCAAAUUCUGGUAAUCUGAACGACAGAAUUAAGAUCAUAGUUUUUUCAAGUGUUGUAGUAGUGGAAAAGAGUAAUAAGAACGACGAACUCUUUGGUAUUUUGGUUA